AUGACUAUUUCGCCUCUCAUGCCCGCUGGGCCAGUGCAGGUGUCCAUCGGAUACUUGCCUGAAGACUACGACCCUACGAACGCACACAUUGAACUCGGCACAUUCGGUCACCAGCUGUACACCACCGGGCUCGCGCGGCCCAAGGUGAGGCUGAUCGACAUCCGCCAAUCCGACUUCAGACCAACGAUAGACCAGAACGGUUUCGAAUUCUGCGAGAACAUCGGGUUUCGGGUACCGUUUGCGCUUAAGGACGGUAAUGAGGAGUUGAGGGAUCGCGUCUAUGCCGAGACCGUCAGGCUCCUCAAGGAAAAGACCGGAGCGGCACAUGCCGUUGUAGUCUCCCACACGUUACGCCUCGCGCUGUAUGAUAAAGUCGUGGACGACGCAAAGUGCGAGGAUCCGAACAAAAGGCUACCCGAUCAGACCAGUGCACAAUGGGCACAUGUGGAUCAGAGCUAUGCGUGUGCUCUAUCGUCAAAAGAGGCUCUCAUCAAAUACGGCAGCGAGGAGAUCGCAGAUGCCUUGAAGACGCGCUGCGAUUCCCGAUGGGGCAUCAUCAACGUAUGGCGGCCGCUUGCGCGUAUCCAGCGAGAACCAUUGGCUUGCAGCGACGGCCGAUCGGUGUCGGACGACGAUCUGCGGGUAUGCCGUAUGGUCGGCGGCGCCGUCGGAGAAGUCUGGCAGGCCGUCCAUAAGCCCGGCCAUAAGUGGUACUGGGCGAGCAACAUGACACCCGACGAAGGAUAUCUAAUCAAAUGCUUCGACACCAGAAUCGACCGAGAUGACUCUGGCCCGGCGCGCCAGAGCUGUGAAUUCCGAUGUAUCGUCUUCUGGGACGAUCAACCUCUGACCGAAGAGGAGCGACGCUUUGCUUUUGAAAAUACAUAUCUUUCGUCUUGA